UGGGGAUCACCCGCAAGAUUCUGCGCAAGGGGUCGCGCAUCACUCAGGCGCUGAAGGGCAUGGUGGGCAGCAGCCCCAAGAUAUACAACCAGAUCGUGGAGCUGUGCACCGUCAAGUUCCGGGACGCGGAGGGCCUGUACGUGGGACUGCGCGAGUGCUCCUACGCCGCACUGCGCUCGCAGCUGCUGAUGGCGCUGCACGACGACACCAACCCCGUGGCGGGCCGCGACCGGUGCCACGAGCUGGCGUGGACGCUGGAUGCGGGCAUUCGCAACGGCGGGCUGAGCGACAAGCACCUGGAGAAGCUGGG